AUGGACUCUCAAGAUGGCGAGGUGUUCAUCAAGACAUUGGCCAGUUUCGUACGCACAAACGAGCGAUCCCUCGCCAACAUUCAUCAGUCAAGACGACCUGGCACUGCCCGGCAUGGCGCGAGCCAGAGCGUUUCGUCGAUCACAGCGCCGAGGUCGCCUACUUCUCCAGCCCCUGAGCGUAGGCCUGCCACCUCUGCCUCAAACGUGACAUCGUCCUUGGUGUCGGGGCUUUCAUCACCUUUGGCAUUUGCGGCGCAGACAACAAAGACCACACAAUUGCAGCUCACUCCUCAUCAUCUAUUUUACCUCCUGUCGCGCUUUGAGGAACUAGGUGUCAAUGUUGGCCCCAUGAAGGUGCGCCUCGAGAGUUUGCAUGAUACUUCAACGGCCACAAACUAUGUGUCCUUUUUGAACCCUUCACAACGCACGAAAAGCCGGGGUUCUGAUGCUGGUUCCAUUCGGUCGAUUUCGAGCAUCCGCUCCGUGGUGUCUGGCAUGAGCGCAAUUUUCUCAGCCUUCGGCCUAGGCUCGACGAUUUCGGCGGCACGGAACGAAAAGCAGAAGGCUGCCAUCCAAGCCGACCUCAAGCAGUUGUAUUCCGCAUUUACAAAGCUGCCGUGUCUCAAGCUUGCGCCGGAUUGGCAGGCUAAGCUUGUCCGCGGCUACGAAGAGUUCCCGUUCGAUUCAGCUGUUCCUCUUUAUGUGUUCAAAAACCUGCAGUAUCUUGAGAUCAGUGGUAUCGACUACCGUCAGUUCUUCGGUUGGGACCGACUUGCCGAGCAGUUGAAGUCGCUGUCGCUGAAUCGUGCCAGUAUUGAGGAUCCUGCAGAGAUUCUCAUCGAUAUUGUACUGGACGACAUGGACAAGCGUCGCCGAAGGUCAGCCAAGAUGCAGUCUACAUCCCCAACAUCUGCCCAGACCCAAGUGCUACAGACUCGGAGACCUCUUGUCGCAAGCCAGAGCUUUGGCGACCCCUUCCCGGCGUCAUAUCAGUCAAUGUCUUUGCCGGGAUCUCCGGAGCCACGGAGAGGGUCAGUUGGUGAUAUACUAGUGAGCCCUCUAAUGCACGAAACAACCACCGCGACCCCGCGCAUGGACCGUCGCCGGCAAUCUCUGGGUCGGAUUGAGCUGCACGAUUCUAGGGCUGACGGAGCCCAUCGUCCACGGAGUAAUUCCCCUCAACGACCGAGCACAUCGCGUCAUACAACUGCCAAUAGCAGGAACAACUACAAAGUGAAGCGUUCUGGUUCUGGUUCCUCGCAGUCCAGCAUGUCUGACUCGUGGCAUAAUCCGAGACAUAGUGCCUCGAAUCUGAUUGCUUCGGGUUUUGUGCCAGCGAACAAGUGGAGAUUUCUGAGGCAUUUGAGUCUUGCGGACAACUCCCUGACAACCGUGUCAGCUGUUAGCUUGAUCCCCCUUUCCGAGACCCUUUGGUCAUUCGACUUGUCCACAAAUCUGUUUACGCAGAUCCCUGACAGUCUUGCAACCCUGACGGCUUUGAGAGCGUUGAAUCUCUCUCACUGCAUGAUCGACUCUCUUCACUCGCUGCUACGCAACCCCUUACCUGCCAUUACCGCUCUCAACCUUCGCGCCAAUCGGCUUCAGUCGAUCGCCGGCGUCGAGAAGCUCUACCCUCUUGAGCGACUCGAUCUUCGCGAUAAUCGCAUCACUGACCCAACGGAGCUGGCACGUUUGACUGGUAUUCCCGACCUCCGUGAGAUUUGGGUGGAAGGCAAUCCAUUCACUCGGACUCACCGCAACUACCGCAUCACAAUCUUCAAUCUUUUCAGGGAAACCCCGGGCUUCACUGAAGACAUCAUCAUCGAUUCGACGGGUCCUUCGUACUCGGAAAAGAAGUACCUCAAAGAGCGUGCUGCGGUGCCUGCUGCGGUGCCGGUCAUGAAGCAGCCUGUGCCUGAGAUCCCAGCUGUUGACGUGAGCAAGCCUGCUAUUAUUCAAGAGGCUGUUGCCAAGGAUCAGUCGGCUCUCCGCAAGGAAAGACUUGCCCGUCCCACACCACGAGCUGUUGAGAGCGAGAUCAACACAAGUUCAACUAGACGAAGACGAACUCCUAAACGGCGCAUCGUGGACCUUGCCACAAAUGACCAUCCCACCAUUACCAUGGUCCCGGGCCAAUCAGAGCAUCUAGACAACGCCGAAGAUGCCCUCGCCCCAGCUGCUGUCAUCAGCUCCAGCUACGGUGCCUCGCACUCUUCACCACCUGAAGUUGCCGCAGCUGUCGAGCCGCUUGCCGCGUCGAUUGCGAAACCGACGCCAAAGGCUAACGACGCCCCGCGUAUCAACACGAGUGUGCUUCCAAACCUAGCACAAUUGUCAAAGCCUGAACCAUCGCCAGCCUGGAACGACCAGGAGCAGUGGGACAUGAGCGGAGAAGUGUACAGAAGAAAGAUCGAGGCUCUUCGCGGCACAGUCGGCAGCGGCUACCUAACUGUACUCAACGAGGAAGUAUGGGAUCCGGCCCGCGCUCCUGCGUUUGGUCAAUCUCCAUUUGGCGCCCGCACUGGUAGUGCGCCACCAGUCCAUAGUGGUCGCACCCUGGGCUAA